UCAGUGUAUCUCAGUGUAGCUGUUUGUUCAUUAAGAGAAGAGAAUGUUUUCGCGAACCCUGGACCUGUUCCUCAUCUGUGGAUUAAUCUUCUCUGCUGAAGCAGCUCCUGCUGUCAGCAAAGCCAGACAAUUCCUGCCGGCUCUACCAGGGUAUGUACCCGUUUACAUUCGACCUGGCGAUACUCCCUUGGAAGAUAUUAACCCUGAUUUAGCCGAAGCGUUUAGCAGUUAUGCACGAAAAAAUGCCAGACUUAGCUUUGGGCGAGCCGAACCAGUGUUUGAUGGCAAAAUACCUAGCAACGGAUCGCUGAAUCAAAUUUCAGAUAUAGACGACGUGAAUUUUCAAGAGGAGAACCUUGCGCUUACCUCAACUGAACAUAAUUUAUCUCAGUCGCAACAUAUUCAAAAAAUUCCAAAAAACUAGACUCAAUUCGAAAUAAUUAAUUUAUUUAUGUAAAUAUUAAAUAAAUCUUUAAAAAAACA